GAACUCUUGAUAGACCCGUGUAAGUGAUAUUGUUCAGCCAGCUUCUCCCAGGUCGUUGUCACGCUAUCAGCUCGCAUCUAUUUAUAUGUUUUCAGGCGAUAUUGCUCCAUAAUCACACCACGUUAGCAGAUUACCAUUCUAACCGCCUUAUCCUGUCUUCUGAGAUCUCCAGGCCGUCAGCUUCCUAGUGCCUCUAGAUACACCAUGCUUGCCAAAAAUCACAUUGACGCAUCUGAUACAACAUCGGGACACGAUGUAGGGUCGUCCCUGGUUUCAAACCAAGAUGCGGGCGGCCACGAUGGCUCUCCGGAGUGCGAUUCUGAGUGUGGAUGCACGCCGCUUGAUUCAAGACCACCGUUCACAGGAUUAUCUCGAGAGGAACUCAAAGUACGUACUGCGAGUACACAGGUCAACAAAGGUGAGGCGAAAUCGGAUGAGGACGAGCCACCACAAUCAGUGAUACAUGCUCCUGCAGGUUUUGGUGACUUUGUGAAUGGACAAGUGCCAUCUGUCAGCACGCUUGCACCAUCGAGUGCAUUGAAGUCAUAUGCAUCACAUGAAAUAGCACAGUCAUCGUCGGGUCAUGAUCUUACGACGAUCCUAGUAAUUGGGCCUGAAAGCCCUGUAUCACAUUCUCCAUCGAGUACUUCAGCUGAGCAUGCGGAGGGACGGUCAGAACGGCCAACACCUCGGGCGCAAACAAGACAAGAGUUUGGAGAUCCGCGCCUGAAUUCAUGUACCAAUACUGUUGAUAGUAGGGCAGAUGCUGUUUCUGGAGAAGGAACACCCUGGCUCUCGAUAUCCCGUAAUGAGGAAAUUGACGCUCUCACAGCAGCCCUAGCGGAGUGCUGGGCUCUAUGCAAUUCAUUAGCCGUUCUCAGCACUUUACAUGGAGAAAGGCACGGAUGUUAUGUCAAUACUCAAGACGAGGCUUGGAAACUAUGCUGGCGGUUAUGUCAGGAACUCUAUGCCAGCCAGAACAACUACCACUCCUCAAAAGUCAACCCUACUCUUGAUAUUUGUCAUGACUUUUGUCAAUCUUUGUUCGAAGCGCGUGAAAAAGAAGACGAGGUCACAGAUUCGAUUCUCCGCGUCAGUUUCGAGCUCAAUAACCAUCUCUAUAAUACGCAUGAUCGAAACCUGCCGGAGGCUUUCCGGGAGAGGACUCUAGAAUUUUACAUCACACUGUGUCAUCGUCUGAUGAAGCAGAGGAGCCUAGUGUCUGAGGCAGAGUCCCCUUUGGGCGCGUGCUGGUCUUUUGCAGAGAUGCUUUUCACCAUGCGUCAGAAUAAAAGAGAAAACAAGAAACCAGACGAAGACUUGCUGGGAUCGGCGAUUCAUGCUUGUUGGGAACUUUGCGAUGUUUUCAGGGAAGGUUGGGCACAGCGAAGCCAUCGAAGUUCUGACCGUGGAACACCACGGCCAAGUCAAGCAACUUUCCAGCAGGCCAUUGAGCAAGUCAAGGGGUCUCAGUUCAUUGCUUGUGACGAACUUUUGGGACAAUCUAAACAUCCUGAGACCCCAACUACAGUUUUCGAUGAUACUGCAACCAUCUCACCAGAUGAGGCACCUCUUCAGAACAUUUUCGUCUUGGGCCAAGGCUCAAUUCAAGCAUCGCAAACUGCCUGGUCUUCAACUUCAUCAGCUGCUUCAGGACAAUCACAAUCAUCGGAGCAGACCUCAUCGACCAAAACAAUAACCACCUUAUCGGGAGGAUUGAAUCUGGCGGUUAUAAAGAUAUUGGUUACAAAGGCUGCAAUUAACAGCGGUUAUCAGCGUUCUGGGACACAAAGUUUCUCGUCGUUCGUCAAAUCACUGUCUUCCGACACAUUCGGCUCUACCCCUUGGCAAAUAUCACUGCUGAAGAACUAUAAAAAGCUGGUAGCAUUUGACCCAACUUUCAAAUGUGCUACUCCCCAGGCACGAGCAAGUGCCCUUGAUGUAGCGCAAGCCGUUCGGCUUGUCGCGCAGGGCGGACAAUACCCAUGGCUGCUAGAUCUUUACCGCUUGGUCUUCGGGUUCCAUACAGACGAGGCCAUCAACCGGAAGGAGAUCGUACUUCAAGUAUGAUUUGAUCGCUAUAUUAGCAUCUUUCCCACAGAUUAUUCGAUGCUGACCACUAGGGGCAUGGGUUGCACUCGUGAUUCUACUGGAGAUUACACCGACUGUAAGUUGGGCUCUUGUUCAUUCUCAUAUAGGUAAAACCCUCACGUCACACCGCAUGCUUAAUUCCUGCCUGAAUAGACGGAUGGAAUCAUAGCUUCGUCUAGAUUCAGAUUGCAUUACUUUUGGUGCAGGUAAUUAGAAGUAGUAGAGGUCGCUGGCUCAUUCGUCGCCGUGCAUAUCAUUCUGGUCCUGUAAACCAAGUUCUACAUUCGCAUACUUCGCAGAUCGAUAAAUAGUGAAGCUUGAUAAC